AUGUCUGACCAGAAUAUCCAAAAAUUUAUGGAAUUAACAAGUGCAUCAGCCAAUGUUGCACAAGAUUAUUUGUUAGAAUCCAAUGAUGAAUUAGAUACCGCAAUCAAUUCAUUUUUUGCAGAUCGCCAUGACGAUAAAACUUAUAAAAGGGAGCAUGAAAAAGAAGCUAAAUCAGGAAUUGCAAAACCAAUACAAAAACAACCGUCACCAAUCAGCAGCGGUACCAAUCCCCGUAAAAAGGAAAAUACAAGCAAACCGAAAUUUAAAAGCUUUUCUGAAUUGCUAAGAUCUAACAGUAAUGAUGGGGAUGAUGAUCCAGAUAAUAAAAGAAAUACUUUUGCAGGGGGCGAAACCUCUGGUUUAGAAGUCACAGAUCCUAACGAUUCUAAUUUUUUGAUCAGAGACUUGUUAGAAAAGGCAAAACGUGGUGGUGAGUUGCCAUCUGGAAGUGACGAUAACGAUGACAAUGAGUCACAAAACAGUUCUCAUUUCACUGGUAAAGGUUAUAGAUUAGGGUCAACUAUUGAUGUCCCCAGUGCAGUUGUGGAAGAUUUUUCUCAUGAACCGAAUAACUCUGCACCAAGAAGAGUCACUAGAGAAAUUACGUUUUGGAAAGAAGGAUUUCAAGUUGGACCCGAUGGUCCAUUAUAUAGGUAUGAUGAUCCAGCCAAUGCUUUUUAUUUGAAAGAAUUGAAUCAAGGCAGAGCCCCACUUAAAUUAUUAAAUGUUGAAUUUGGACAAGAAGUUGAUGUUAAUGUAUAUAAGAAACUGGAUGAAAGCUAUAAGCCUCCAAAGAGAAAACUAGGCGGGUUUCAAGGACAAGGCCAAAGGUUGGGCUCGCCCGUUCCAGGCGAUAGCUAUGAAUCUGCAGCAGUAGAAAGGGAAGAUGAGGAAGCUGCCACCAAGCAAAGUCAUGAACAAACAAACAAAAAGGAAGAAGAGCCUAAGAAGGGAGAUACGAGCAUCCAAAUUAGAUAUGCCAAUGGUAAAAGAGAAAUUUUACAUUGUAAUUCCACAGAUAAAGUUGAGUUUUUGUAUGAUUAUGUGAAAAACAGCGUGAAUAAUGAUAGUACUCGUAUAUUUACUUUAAACCAUACAUUCCCGGUUAAACCCAUUGAAAAUAUGGAUUAUACAAUUAAAGAAGAAGGCUUAUGCAAUGCCACUGUGGUACAGAGAUGGGUUAUGUAA